AUGUUUUUCGGAGGUCUACCUCUUAGGUCUACCAUCGGUAGACCGCAGUUGAGGUCUACUGGUCAACGCAAAAAACUGAGGUCUACCACGGAAGUCUACCCGAGGAAAGUAAUGGUUUGUCUAGCUUCCGUUUAUGGAAAAUGGAUGGUGAUGGAAGACAAGUCAUGGCAUUUUGAGAUGGACAAAGGAAAAGGAGGGAGAAUGUUCUACUUACGGGAUGGUUGUACACAUAAGGAGCCUCUUAGAAUGGAACAAGCUGACUAUAUGUUGGAUAUGGAAGCAGACAUGGUGGAAUUAUCUUAUCCAUUACCAGAUGUCAAAUACCCUCAGACUUUCCUCAUAUGUACAUCACCAACGAGGGUAGGUUCAUAG